CCCGCCGUGGCGGCGGCGGCGCGGAGGGCGGCGGAGAGGGACGCCCUGGCGGAGCUGCAGAUGGCGGGGUGCGCGGUGCCGCUGUUCCGGCCGUACGUGGCGCGGCUGCCCUGGCACGGCGGCACGCGGGCCUGGCUCUCCAAGCUCUUCCCGCGCUACGGCCACUACUGCGGGCCCAACUGGUCCAGCGGCAAGGAGGCCGGCUCCGUGCUCUGGGACCGCCGCCCCGCCGACCACCUCGACUUCUGCUGCUACUGCCACGACAUGGCCUACGACACCCACGACCAGGCGCAGCUCCUCCGCGCCGACCUCGCCUUCCUCAGCUGCCUCGAGGGCAGCCGCAAGACGCCCGCGCUCGACGGCGUCGCCGCCGCCGCCAUCUACCGCUCCAUGUGCAUCUUCGGGCUCAAGACCAUACUGAUACCAUACAGGACCAACUUGGUGCGGCUGCAAACCGGGCCGAAUUACGCCGACGCAUUCGCCGAUUUCAUGAAGAGGAUGGCCUCGUCUUCCGGCAGGGCGAUGACGGGCGGCGAGAAGCAAAGAUUUUGAGGGGCAACUGUGUUGCCGUCGAUCGAAGUGAUCCGAGGUGAUUGAUGGUGUUGAAUUGCUCGCUGAUUGAAAUGUGCAUAACCAAGUUUUCACAAUGUAGCAAUUGUAGUUACCGAUGGGGAACUUGGUACUCCCAAUGUGUAUAUAGGUUAGCAUACGACCAUAUCAACAAUGUAACUUAGCACGGCAAGGAAUUGCCAAAUUGUUACAACGCUGAUUAAACCAGGUUUGAUCCUGCACAA